AUGGCCAUACACAACGUGCAGCAAAUCAUCGAGCGGAUGAAAGACCGCGACUUUGAUAUCCGCAUCAUGGCUAUCAGCGACGUGAGCAACACACUCAAGGACACAACCGAGAGCCUGCCCAGGGAUGACGGCAAGGUACUGGCAGCGGCGCUGACGAACGCGCUGUCGGACAACCAGAGCCAGGUGCAGAACAACGCAAUGGAGUGCCUGGGCGUGCUGUUCAAGUUCAUUAGCACGGAGAUUAUGAACGCCACGGUGACCAAAAUCUGCGACAACAUUGGCGACAAGAAGCUGGCCGACCGCCGGACCACACUCAGCGCGACGCUGCGCUCAGUGCUCAACCGGCUGCCUGACACCAUUGACGACAACGAGGCCAUUGCACAGAUGUCAGAGCCCGUAUGCACGGUGCUGACAAAACACAAGGACGAGCUGUCGUCGGAAGUCAAGGUUGAUUUGGUCGAUACGGUGUCGACUAUCCUGGUCCGCGCUGGCGAGGGGCUGGGCACCAACGCCAACCUGGCAUCGAAAGUGCAGGAUGUGCUACUCGGGAUGCUCGAGAGCGACAUGGUGUCUGUCCGCAAGCGUGCCAUUGUGGCCCUGGGCAAGUUCAUCAUCCACGUGCCCGACCAGUACUCUGACGAAGCUCUCCAGUUCAUUAUGCAGCGCUACAGCACCAGCAAUAACGACGUCGAGGCAAGCAACUACCUGCGUGUCCUGGUCACCAUUGCCCGCCAGAAGCCGCUGCGCAUCGCGCAUCUGUUGAGCCAGAUUCUGGAGCGCGAGCUGAGCAUCGUCGACUCGGCCGAGGGCGAGCGCCGCGUCACGUCCCUGAUGGCCCUCGAGACGGCAGUGAGCCACAGCCCUGAGCUCAUUGGCAGCAAGCUGGACCGCAUCUACACUGCAGGAAUCACUGCCAUCAGCUUCGACCCCAAUUACAACUAUGAUGCCGACGAGGACGACGAUGCCGACGAGGACGACGAGUUCGAAGACGAGUUCGAAGACGAUUUUGACGACGGCAUCUACGAAGACGAUGAGGACGAUUCGUGGAGCGUACGUCUUGGUGCUGUCAAGCUCCUGGCAGCCCUGGAGCAGAGCAACCUGACUGACGCCAACAAGCUGCUGUCAAAGGUCGGCGAUAGCCUGAUCAAGCGGUUCAAGGAGCGCGAGGAUGUGGUGCGCAGCGAGGUGCUUGUUACCUAUGCAAUUCUGCUAGACGUGAUCAAAAAGGUUAUCAAGCCCCACGACGAGCAGGGCAUGGAUGUCGAGAACGGACUGGUCGAGGCCGUCGAGCAGCAGGCACAGCAGGUUGUGUCGACGUUGCUGGCCACGAUCAAGACGCACCCCAAGUCGACCGAGACCAAGCAGCUGGCGUUUGCUAUCCUUGCGCGCCUCGUCGGCAUCAGCCCGUCGCAGGUGGCGGACACGCUCAGCGCUAGCGAGUCGUUCGGCAUUCUGCAGUCGGCAUCGACCCGCCUGGUCAACGCCAACCUGAAACUCGACGUGCUGGAGCUGCUGAGCCAGCUCUUUGAGCGCCACCAGAUCACACCCGAGCUUUUCCGGUUCAUCGCUGCAGUUAGCGCGCUGGUCUCCAAAAACUUUGCCAGUACCGUGUUCCAGGUUCCGUCAACCAGCCUUACUGUUGCCAAGAAGCUUGUCAUUGCACUGAGAGCCUCGGCUGAUGAGCAUGGCACGGACAUCUCGUCAGCGGUUGGAUGGGUCCGGCAGUCGGCUCGUGAUGUGCUCAGUCUUGUCUACUCCAACGACCAGGCCGUACGCACCGGCGCCAUCGAGUUUGCCAGUACGGCAGUCAAGUGCUUUGGUGACCUCAUCGGCUCUGAUGUGCUGGGGCUGUGCCUGGCCACGCUGGCAGCGCGGGACAAGAGCAGUGCCCUGGCGGCCACUUCCAUCCGGGCGCUGGCCAAUGGCUGUUGCACAGCCGACGCAUGCGAGUUACUGAAGCUGGGCGAUAUCAAGUCGCUGACGGCUGGACUCGAGCUGGUCAAGAGCCUGGCUAACUAUGGCGACGCGGGUCUCGCUGGCAACCCCAAUGGCGCGCUGGACGAGGUCCUGGGUGUUGUCGGCCGACAUGCCACGGCUACUCCCCCAGUCUCCUUGGCCUUGCUGACCAUCAUUAUGCCCCUGGCCAGUGAAGACGAAGUGCAGAGGUCGAUUGGCGUCAUAAACAAGACGCUCUCAUCGUCGGCAGUCCAUGACCCACAGACCACUACUGAGCUGUGCGGCCUGUUUGAGACCGUUGGCAGACAUUAUCCCGCGGUCGUUGAGGGAUGGAGAGCCAGUCUGUUCCGCAGCUGGAGCUCGACCUACAGCGAAUGUGCGGCGCUGCGCAGCUACCAAAACAGCACCUCGACCCAGUUCACGUACCCCGAGAACUCACUGAGCAGCACCAGCAAGUGCCUCUAUGCGCUGUACAGCGGACUAUUCAGGGCACAGGGGGUAGCCUGGUCCAGCGACCACCUGGCCGAAAUUGUGGCCAACCUGAUGCUGGCCCUGCGUACCCUUGGAAUCGCUGCUACCCAUGGGACUCUCCCAGCAGACAAUGAGCUGAUCAAGCAGCUGGACGUGCACCUGGGCUCUUCGCACGAGGACGUGCGCACCGAGGCGGCGCUGGCCCUGGGCAACUACGUUGGCAAGUACCCAGACGUCUUUGGCGAUCUUUUUACCUCUGCUGUCGCAUCCGAUGCGAAAUACCAGGGCAGCCGGAUCCAGGCUGUCAAGACCGCAACUGAUGUCAUCGUGCGCACCAGUACCGACAGCGCUACCAUCGACUCUGUGUGGCAGUGUCUGUUGCAGUUUGUUCUGGGCGCUCAGGAAACUGUGCCGGAUUUGAUUCCUCAGUCACUGGCCAUCUUUGGUCUGGUCUACCCAGAGAAGUACCUGCCGCAGAUCGCAACCAGUACUGGCAGCCCCAACGCUGUGGCCGCCAUCGCCUCCAUCACUGCCUUCCGUCGCGAUACAAUCUGGGCCACGCGGACAUCAAGCAUUCGCCGGCUCACGCUGCUGCUGCUCUACUCGGUGGCCCAGAACAAGCCAUCGCAGCUAAGCGGCCUGGUGAAGGGCUUUGAGCCUGCCCUGUACAAGCAGACCGAGGUUGAUGAGAGCCUGAUCCGCAUCAUCACCAUGGGCCCGUUCAAGAAGCGUGUUGACGAUGGCCUGGAUGCCCGCAAGAUCGCCUUCCAGUGCGUGUAUAUGCUGGUCCGCAACAUCCCCGACGAAGUUACUCCCGAUGAGACUGCGGCUGUGGUUGCGCGCGGUAUCGAUGACGAGGCCGAUAUCCUAGGCACAACGCGUCUGAUUGUCAAAGAGCUGCUGGUCCUGUCGCCGAGUUCGCUGCUACUGAGGCUGGACAGCGUCGCUGAGGCGGUGACCAAGCUGGUUGGUAAGAAGUUGACUGGUACUGCGCUGCGCCAAGAACACGAGAGCUUGCGCGAGAACACCCUCUCGUCGUUCGUUCUCUUUGUUACUCUCGAGCGCCUGGCCAAGAAAUCGUCGUCGCUGCUAGCCAAGGGCAUGACCAAGGAUGGUGCGUACGAGAAGCUCCGUACCACUAUUUCCACGAGGGGUGACGACAAGACCGUGAUCAUGUAUGAGCAUGCCACAGAAACCGUGGACAAAACUGCCUGA